AUGAAACUGAAACUCAGAGAAUUUAAGAAACUUGCUCAGCUGCUUCGGUGCCCAGAUGUGGCAGCCACCGUGGAUGAAGUCACUGUGCACAUCCUGGCAAACUGGUUCCAGUGUGAGGAGCCGGCCAUAGUAAAGCUAUUGCUGCGGGUGGUGGAGACCUUCGCAAAGCACGGGAACAUGGUGCAACAGUUCCACAUCCUGGAGCCCUACGUGCUGGGCUGCUGCUACUCGCUGGACAAUGACAUUGUGAUGGAGACUUUCACGGUGCUCAAGUGUCUCGUCGAGCACCUCACCUGGAAGCAUUCCUCCUCAUUCCUUACUCAGCUCACCUUCAUGCUGGGGCCCCUCUUUGAGGAGGAAUCAGAGCAUCUACGCUUGAUGGCCUUUGAGAUCUACGGGGCUCUCUUGGCUAAGGUCAAGAGGACAGUGCUUGUCUUCCCCUUGAAGCACCAGGUCCUCAACUUGAUAGUCCUCCUUGUGCUCCACCUGGAGGAUGCGAAUGUCAACGUGGCUCAGCUCUGCCGGCCUGCCCUCUGCCACACGGCCACCAUACUGGGCUGGUCGAGACUCAAAGCGAUAUUUGCCGAGAAAGACGUGUGGACUAUCCUCAGAGCCCUGCUGAAGCAGGAGGGAAACAGAGCCCUCUGGUUUCUGAAGCAGUGCUUGGCUCUCUUCAAGAGCCCGCAGGCCCCCAUUCGCCAGACAGCUGUACGAUUUGCAGGCCAGAUCAUCCAAACCCUGGAUGCGGAAGAGGCCAAUGAAAUUGAGGAAGUAUAUACAGCCCUAAAGUACAUGCGGGAAGACCCCGACUCCAUGGUCAGCUGCCUCGCCGCUCAGACCCUCUACAUCCUGGAAGCCAAGGAGAAGCUGCUGGUCAACCCCCCUACCUCUUGCUUCUGCAGCAGGAGGCCACGAAAGACCUACUCCUGAGCCUGCGUCCUUGGGUCCUGGCCAGGGCGAUCGAGACUGUGACAAUGGUGACAGUGGGGCCAGGCUCCUGAGCCCUGUCCUAGAAGUGGGUAUGUGUCCCUGCAGGACUCUGUAAUAAAAGGAAGACGCAUGAA